UGACACAUGGUUAUGUAAAGACCAGGAACAACCUGGUGUACAUCACAUGCACGUCAACCUCCAAGAGUAGACAUGAUCUACAGAAUGCUGGUGGUUCUGCUGGGGCUAUACACAGGUGGGGAUGCUUCGGUACAACAUGCGGCAGGUCAAGGCCCCAGCAAGGGUUCACAAGGGUCAAGUAACCGGAUGUUUGGGAGGUGCAGACGGUGUCGGGUGCGCGAGGUCAACAUGGUGUUCCUGCCGUGCGGUCACAUGGUGUGUUGUGCCGAGUGUGGCGUCAUCUCCAGUACCUGUGACGUAUGUCACGCUCCAAUCAGGGGCAGUGUGAGGACAAGACACGUGAACACGUGAACUCAAAUACGUGAACUCUUAUAAUGUUUUUCAGGUGUUUAAAACAA